CUGAUUGUGCUUAGCUAUGUGUAUGCAAGUGAUCGUGGUCCGUAUCUUCCUCCUAAAGAACCAUCACAAAAAAAUCAAGGAAAGUUACUAAAAGGAGUUUAUAGUGUAGCUGAAGCAACAACAGAUAAUAAUAAGCUAAAUAUUUAAAAUAAUAUAGGUAAUACUUUUAUUUUUAAAAUAUUUGUAUUAUUUGGCACAAUUAAUGUAAUGACUUUUUUUAUAAAUGGCACACAAUUUAGUAAUAAUUGAAGAAUUAUUUAUAUUCAAUUACGAGGAAACAAACAAUUAAUUUAAAAUGUGCACACAAUUAAUUAUAAUAUUUGUGUAUUCUUAAAAAUGUACUGAGUUAAAUUGAUUAUAUUAUGGAAGAAAAGUUAUUUUAAAAAUUAAAUUAAAUUAUUUUUGUACCGUGAAAAAUAAACAAAAAAUUGAAAAUAUUUUUUUAUUAGUUGUCUUUAUCUUCAGUUAUGGCAGUUAUAAUACAAUCACAUGUAGUACUUCUAGGUAUACGAGAAUCUUUGUAUACAAGAUGUAAAUGUUUUGAUAAUAAAUCAGUAUUGGCACUUUCUAACAUAGCUACCUUUUUAUGUAGCACACUGAGAUGUCUCGCCAUAUUACGAAGCUCAUUCUCCGACACGGAAACACUAAAGAAAAUUAUAAAAUAAUGUUACAUUCAUUUUUUUUAAAUUAACUGCUUAGUUACUACCGGAAAUCAAUAUUUCGCUUUUGCUCUUGUAAUGAUCUAUAAUCCGUUUCAAUUUGAUUACGAAACUCUUCUUCUGUCUUUAAUCUGUGUUUUUGUAUACCUAAUUGCGUUUUAAAAGAUUCCAUAUGACAUUGACUAGCUUCCAAAUUACCUCUAAAGUGUAAAAAAUGUACAUAAUUAUGAUAUAGUUUGUGGUUUAAUUACAAAUGGUUUACUUUAAAGCUUCAAUUUGCAUUUUCCUUUUUGAUUUAUAUUUUAAAUGUUUAAGUGCCAGUGCAUUAUAUUUUUCUCCCAGAGUUGAUACUAAUGCUCUUUGCACUUCUAACUCUACCUAAAAUAUAAAAAAUUACACAAUGUAUUAAAUGUGUAUAUGAAAUGUAUUAAUAAAUAUUGCAGCCUUCCCCCACCCCCUCGUGAACAACUUGUCUACCAAAUUUUUACUCCAAUUAUCAAUUAUAGUACUUUCUCAAAAAAAAUUUGACUUGAAGGUCAUUUUUUGAUUUCUCCUAGCUGUAUUCGUGGCAAAUGGAAAAAAAAUGACAAAAUAUAUUAUAUUAUCAAUUUUUGGUUUUCAUUGAGUUAAACAUAUUUGUAAAGAUUUGAUGUUUGGACAGAAAACUUGUAUUUGCCUAUUCUGGAUAUGGUAAAAUUUCAAAUUAGUUUUUUUUUGAGCUAUAGGCAUUAUAAUUUUAUAGAAUAGUUUAUGUUACUUUUGUUUAGUAGGUACUCUGUGGAUAAAAUUGUUAAACCAAACAAAACAUUUAACAGGAGGUUCAUUAUAAGCCAUACUAUGUGGUAAAAAAAAAAUUUUUUGUUUUUAAUGUUGUAUUUUAAUAAAAUUUGUAAAUAUUAUAACCUAAUUUAUAAAUAUUUUGAAGCAACAUUAUUAACUGAACUCUGCCAAAAUCGUUUUUCAUUAACAAUGGUUAAUUAUUACAGCAUACAGAUAUACAUUAAUUUUCCCCUCUAUCUUUUCAAUUUCUCACCUACAACAAUGCCCCCCCCCACCCAUUGUGCAAAGUAUGUCUGUAAGUUUUUUAUAUUGACUUGCAUCAACUAAUAAUUAUUUCAUAUUUUAUACUCAAUAAGUCAUAAAAUAUUUUGAUUCCAGACAAUUUCGUAUAUAUAUUUAUUUUUAUACUAAUAUUUAAGGGGCCUGAUGCAUAAUACCAAUUUAACUAAUAUGCUAAUUGAGUUAUUUUCAUAUAUGUUAGAUGUAUUGGUAAAUAAUGCUAGACUACUAUGGUAGGAGAAAUAUUGAGAAAGUAGGAUAUCAAGGGGGAAUUUAAUUUAUAUCUAAUCAACAAUAAACCAUAGAUAAUGAAAUACUAUUCAGAACGAAAUUCGAUUAUACAUAUUUUGAAAGGCUGUAAUAUUUAUAAUUUUCAUCAAAAUUUGAUAUUAAAAUUCUUACAAUACAUUACUAUACAAACACAUUACUAAUUUUUUUUUUUUUUUUACCACAAAAUGACUCAUAAUAAACCUGUUGAAUUUUUAAGCAAAAUUUACCCAUAGAUAGCUCAAAAAUGGCACAAACAUUUUGAAAAUUUUAUCAUGAAGUCAAAUAUAAGUUUUCUGUCUAAAUUUAAAAUCUACUUAUAUUUUUAACUGAAUUAAAAAAAAAAAAAAAAAAAAAAAAAAAUAAAUCCAUAUAAUUAUAAAACCAAAAAAUUUCAGCAGUUUUGGGAAAAAACAUAAGCCAUAAAAAUGUAUAAUAAAGAAUCAUGAUAUUGUAAAUUAAUCGGCUUUUAAGAGCAAGUUUUCUAGAAGAAAUUUUGUACACAAUAUAAAAAUAAAAAAAAAAUAAAUCCAUAUAAUUAUAAAACCAAAAAAUUUCAGAAAAGUUAUUGCUUUCGCAUCAAGGCAUAAAAAAAAUAGUAUAAUAGUUGACUAGGUUUCUUUAUUAGUAACAGAAAAACCUAUUAAAAAAAUAUAAUUUUGUAAUUAUUGAAUUUCUCAGCAUUCUCAAGAAGUUAUUCAAAAUCAUAUUGAUCACUGUCCAGCUUUCACUAAAAAAGGAAGAGAACUUUCAUAAUUUUUAUUACUGGGUGCGUGCCAUAAAUAUUUGAGUUUUUCUGGUUUUUUUACAGUUCGAAAAUCACUUGAAAAAUUAUAAAACGACAUCCCAAUUCACUAACUAAAUUAAAUUUCUUUUUAGAAAAAGUGUUACACUAGUGGCAUUGGAACAUUGAAAAGUUGCUCACAGAUAAAAAAAAACAUCAAAUCAAAUAGAUCCUUUGCCCUAGCAAAAAUCUCCAAAUCUAAAACUCAAAUAAAUUGAAUGCGACAUUAUUAAAUUAUGGGUUCAUAAAUCAUAUUGUAAUCAUAAAGAUAAAAGAAAUGGGGUAUUAUAUAGGGUCAUUUUUUUUAUCAUGAGCCAACAAUUUUCUUGAAGGAUUUUAUGCUAAUUUGUUUUCUGUUUUUCUUUUUUUUUAAACCAUUUUAGAAUCUAUUAAACUUUAUUUUUCAAUUAGGAAUCCCUUUUUUCAACAUAAAUUAAAAUAGAGUAUAUUUUCUAGAAAUGUUGAUAUGUUUAACAUUAAUAUCAAAUGUAUUUUUUAUGAGUUAAAACCAUUUAAAAUUUAGACCAGAUGAGUAGAGAAGUUUUACAAUUUUUUUUUUUUUAGGCUUUUACGAGUCAUUUAGAUUCAUUGAUGCAACAACCACCUGCCUCCACCAAUCUCUAUUUAGAGAUCCUCAGUGCCAACCAGCAACUGGUAUAUCUUAUGUGCCAUAAAAUUCCCAAUACAAAUAUCAAUAAUAUACAAUUAAGAAAAUUAUAGAUUUAUUAAAACAUACUUUUAACUUAUUAAUUUCAUCUGACUCGGUAUUCAACAUCCCAUCAUUCAAUAUAGUUGACAUUUGUCGUGGAGUUGCCAGCUCACUAGAUAAAUGACUUGACAGUGUAGAUUCAGGCCUAUAAUUUUCAUAACACAAAAAUUAUUACAUUUUUAUUUUCGUAUUAAACAUUUCUUGUCAGGUAUUUUCAAUUAAAUUUUUAAGAGAAAUUUAAAAAUACUGUUUUUGGUAAUUUUAACAAAAAAUAAAGUUUUAUAAUUUAUAUGAAGUAAAAAUAUAAAUAUCUAUUUUAUUAAAUUUUCAUAUAUGCAUAAAAAGACGUCCUAUGAUAAUGGGAAUGGGUGCAGCUAUUGUUAUAGGUGAUUUAAUGUAUAUCUGUUUGACUAAUGAAAAAACAAUUCUGAGUAGAGUUCAUUGUGAUUGUGAUGCUUUGUCAAUAGUAUAUAAGUUGUAUUAAAUAAUUAAAUAGACAUUUCAUUUGUUAAGAAAAUCGAAAAAACGACCUCUUUAAAGUACCUCACAACGAAUUCCUUUCAGAAAAGGUGCUACACUUUAACAUUGAAGCAACUUUUCUAGUAGAAAAGUUGACCACAGAAAAUAAUUAACAUCUUUGUAAAACCAUAAGCUUCAUUGAUCCAGUCAGAAUAUAAAAUCAUUAAACAUUAAAAAUAGAGUAAACUUUCAAUUAUCCAAAGUUUUGCACGGAACAGAGUUAUUUUAAGAAAUAACAAUUAUGUAUAAUGAUUUUUUUGUAAAAAAAAUAUAAAAGGAAAUAAUUAUAAAAAUACAUACCUAAUGUAAUAAUUUAAUGUUAAUAAAACAUGGAAAAAGCAUUUUUGUAUUAUGUUUGACCUACUUCGGAUUAUCCGUGGAAUUUAAUUAUUCAUAGUUGCCAAGCCACUCUUAUUCAUGAUUUAAACCAUUUAUAAACAUUUAAAUUUUGUAAGUUUUUAUUUACGCAUUUUUUAUUCGACAUGUACUUUGUGAAUAGAAUUGUUGACCAAUCAAAAAUGCUUGAAAAUUUAACAGGAUGUUCAUUAUAAAUCAUACUUUGUGGUCAAAGAAAAAUAAAUUAGAAUAUUUUGUUAUAAGAAUUUUAAUAUUAAAUUUUGAUAAAAUAGUAAAUAUAUAUUAUGUUUCAAAACUUGUACAAUUUAACUCCGCUCAGAAUUGUUUUUCUUUAUGGUGAACAGAUAUAAAUUAAAUUACUCUCUAUACCCUACCUUCAUAACUCUCCUACAACAGUAUUGUACAUAUUAUGCAAGCAUGUUCAUCGUUUAUUUCCUUUAUGUUUUUGACUGAAUAACAUAAGUUUAUGCAUUCAAGCAAAAAUGAAAUAACCUUAUGUAGCCUACCUUCCCAACUUUUCACCUACAACAGUGGCCACUCCUAUCCCCAGUAUCAGUUCUUUUUAAAAUUAAAUUUAUUUAUAUUGAAAUCUGUACAAAAAUAACUUAUGUCAAAAACAUAAUUAAUAAAUUAAUAAAAUUAAUUGGAAUAAGCUUGAAUAAAGAUGUUAAUAUAAUGCAACUAUUUAUUCAAAUUUAUCAUAUAAUUGAUAAAAAUUUGUUUGUAUUGUUUUAUUUAAUAAAUAAAACACAUAAAAUAAACUAUAUUUAAUGGCAUAUUAAUAAAGAAAUAACACUAAAACUUGAAAAUUAGUACUAAAAGUCCAAAUUGUUUUUAAUACAAAAUUGUAUAUUCUAUACUUGAAAUUCUUAAUACAUGAAACGAAUGUAUAGAUUACACUGCUAUUUUUAUGUGUAUCCUAGAAUAUUUGGCAAAUGAUAUAGUUAACAAAAUUUAAAUAUCAUUUAACUAUUUUUUCACAAAAAUUGUUUGUCUAAUCUCAAUAAUUAUACUUGUUAUAUUGAUAUUUGUUGUAAAUGUUUAAAACUGUAUGGAAAAACUGUUAGGAUUCUAGACAAUUUUUCCAAUAAGUACCCUCAAAUAAUAAACUCACAUCUUUUAUGGUAGUGUGUGAAAAAAUCUGACUAUUUUUACUAAGCCCAAAACAUAUUUUAAGAGAAAAAAACACAUUUUAGUAAAACUAAUCGCUACACUCAAAAUUAAAAAUUAUAAAUAUAGUGGUAAUUCAGCAUUAAAAGUUUUAAUAAAAAAUCUACCCAAAAGUUCUUGUCAUUUCAUUAAUAUUUUGUUUUUGACUAUCACUCUUUUCUUGCGCAUGAUUAAAAGAAUUAUUACCAAAAUGGUUUGCUGACUUUGUUUUGUCACUAAAAAAUAAAAAUAAAUUUAUUACAGAAUUAGGUUUUAAAAUUAAUUUUAAAUUGAUAAGAUAAUUACCUAAAUAACUGGAUGCUUAUACUUGAUGUGUCAUCAUUUGUUAAAUUUCUGUUCCAAGAUAUUGAAUUAUCUAAAUAAAAUGUGCGAAAAUUGUAUUAUAUACAUUUACAUUUGAAUACAUUUAUAUUCAAAUUUAAAAUUGUUACAACAAUUUUUACAAAUACAAAGAUAUAAAUAACAGUAAUAUUUUUAAGCUUAACAAAGAAAUAAAUAAAAAAUUAAAAUAACCAUUGGUUUUUUUUUUUUUCAAAUUUUUUGACCAAAUAUAAUUAUUAAACAAUAUCACGGUUUAAAAUGUACAGAUUAUCGAUCGUAAUCGACAAGCAAAAUUUCAUAGUUAAGGGAAUUGGAAGUGACGAGUUUCUGUCUUUUUCUUACAAAUGUGAGAUUUAGGUAUUUAGACGCGUUUUAAUUCCAACGUGCCGAUUGAUCUAGUGAAGCGAUAAGAAUUCUCAAAGCAGAUUUGAAAUUUUUGUGAAGUCUACUUGAAAUCGACUUUCCCAUUUUUUAAAUUCAUGUCCCUAUUAAAUAAAUGAAUAAUUUAAAAAAUGGAAUAUAUUAAUUUUUUGAGAAAUUAAAAUCAAAAAAAUGGGGGAGUCGAUCUCAAGUAGACUUCACAAAAAUUUCAAAUCUGCUUUCAGAAUUCUUAUCGCUUCACUAGAUCAAUUGGUACGUUGGAAAUAAAACACGUCUGAAUUCCUAUAUCUCACGUGUGUAAGACAAAGAAAGAAACUCGUUGCUUUCAAUCCCCUUAACCUAACCUAAAGUUAGAGGAUAAUGGAUGAAGUUAUUGAGAUCUGUUAGAAAAGGAUUAAUUAUUUUUCGUCAGAGUAUCGAAAUAGGGAGUUUCGAGCAUUGGCCUGUAUAUUAGAUGAAGAGAAGUAAGAAUGAGAUGUCAAGAGUAGUGGACCUCGCAGACACGAGAAAUGGUUGAAGUCAAUAUAAGCUAUUUCGCACGUUGUAAGGAUUACUGUGGAAAGGGAUUUAUCUGUCACAUACAUGUGCUAUGAUAAUAUAUUACGUAUGAUUUUAUUUAAAUAAAUGAUGACUAGUUAGGGCAAGUAAUAUGAAGCAGCAGCUCAAACGGUACGCCCGGACUGUAUACAAUUAAUAAUACGGCCUAGUUUUAGUGUUAGGUAAGGUUAUGUUAUUUGAAUAAUAACCUGUAACACUGUGACGGUCUGAAAAUAGCUAAUCUGUAUAUUUUUAACUAUGAACAAUACUAGAUAUGCAUGGCUUGUUGGGCAUGUCAUUUAUUUAAACUCAAAAUAAACUUUUUUUAAAAGAAUUCACAACUAUCUAUCUAAAGUUUAAAUAUUUAAAAAGUAUAUACUGAGAACAAAUAGAAAAAAAACGUGAUUUUAUUUUUAAGCAUACUUUCUGCAAAUUGUCUAUAAUAAGACUCAAGAGCAAGCAAAUAUAAUACAAUUUGUAUACUAUUUAAUAAAAAAAAAGCUAUUUAAUACUUAUUAUUGAAACUCACUAGAAUACUGAUUUCUGGCUGAUUAACUAUACAGAGCCUAUACCUAUUCAAUCGCACUCAGAAUUAUUUAUUUGAGUUAAAGCCAUAUUUGAUUCUCAAGCCCCACUAAAAACAUUUUGUGACCUGGGUCAAACAAAAUAGUCCAGAAAAAAAAAAUAAAUAACAACGAUUAUUAGAAUGAGUUUUUAAGAAUAUUCUGUGACUGUAAAUUUACUAUUUCCAAUAGAAGAUUAAUAAAAACAUUAUCAACAUCAAUAUUAAGAAAAUUAGCAAGUAAUGAAUUAUUUGUGAACAUUGUUUUAAAAAAUUAAUUAAUUAAACAAUUAAAAAACAAUUUUUCAUAUUAAAGUGAUGAAAUAGCUUCAACAAAUUAAAAUGUUGAUUAUUUUAAAAAAGAUUUUUUCAAACCAGAAAAUAUGAUGUUAAUACAUUUAUUUUAAUAUUACACCAUACAAAUUUUAACUUUACUUCAAAAGAUGGGUAUAUGAUAUUAUAUAUAAAGAAUAAGUUGAUUUUACUAUAUAAUUUUAUGAUAAGUUUAUUUAUAUACUUGAUAUAUCAACAAAAAAAUAAAAAUAUUAUUUUAUUAGAAUGUAGAAACACGCAUACUUUAUCUUAUCAGUAAAUCAGGAUAUGAUAAAAUACAGUUCAAUUAUUUAUAUAAAAUGUGUAAAAGUUAUUAAGAUAGCUUAUUCAGAUAUUAAUAAAAUACUUGACAGUGAUAAUCAUCAGCAAUGCAUUAAGUAAUUUUUAGUUUAAUAUAUUUAACUAAUUAGUUGGUAAGUAAAAUAUGUAACAUCUAACAGUUUUUGGAAAAUGUAAUUUUACAAUUGGUAGCAUGCUUACCUAUAUAUUUUUAGUAGGAAACAAUUUACAUGAGUGUAGCAUACUAUACCAACAAACUCACAGUAGGUUGCAUAUUGAUAAGUACCAAAUAUCCAAUUCAAUUUGAAGAAGGCCACCUGAAUUGAAAAAUGUAAACUUUCCUAAAAAUGUAAUAGUUAUUUCACUAAAAGUAAUUAGUAAAUUAAUGAAAUGUUGUAUAAUCAUUAUAUGAUCAUUUUUUUUUCGUCAUUUUCUCGAUCUAUUAUGGCAACAACUAUCUAUGAACUUUUAGGAAAAAUACAGUAUAUUAGUUACUAUUUUAUCGUGAUUAUGUCAAGAAAUAUUUUUCGUUUUAUUAAGUGCGAAAAAGUAAUUUCCUUUUCAUGAAAACAUUUAUUUUCAAAGUAGCAAGGACAUUUAAAUACAAAUAUUAAAAUAUGGUUAAUAUUUUAAUUAAAUUUAAACAUAUCUAUACAUAUACAAUAACAUAUCCUAACCUUUGACCAACUGAUUCAUAUUCACAUAGCCCAAAAACUGCAUAGAUUGGGGUGACCUUUAGUAUAUAAAUAUCUAUUAUAAUGUAGGCAUCCAUUAAGAAAGGAUUUUUAAAAAAAGGGUAUAAAAUAAAAGUUUUAGGUAUUUUUGAUACAAAUAUCUAAUUAUUUAUUUAUUUAAUUUUGUUUAUUCAUGGGUUACCUUGGUGACAUGGAUAAUAAUUUAGUUGUCACAGACACAAAAAGCUACUAUAGUUAUUGCCGAGUCAGCUAGUAAUAAAUAUAAUAAUAGCUAUGCAGUUUAAAUUACUGCACAGUUGAAUUUUUUUUUUUAAAUAUAAAGCUGCAAAACAAAACUAAAAUAAUUAUUUGGUAUACUUAUUAUUUAGAGCAAAAGUGUAUCUAUAAUAAUAAAAACAAAAAAAAACCUGACAGAUAGCAUGCUUUAUAUGUAUUUUAAAGAUCAUAAUAUACAAAUUAUUCACAUAUAUCAUGCACAAAUGAAAAUUAUCUUUAUUGUCCAGAAGUUGAUGAAUCACAAAAUACUUAAAAUGAUAUUUGCUCAAUUAACAAUAAUUUAGAACCAAAUUACAACAAAAUCAAUACCAUUACUACCAUAGGCUUUCCUAUAUUUCCUAAGAUUCUUUUUGUUUUUCACAAUUAUUAUGAAAACUGUUUGGAAAAUCAAAACACAACUUCCAUACUCACAAACUAGAUCCAAAAUAAAAAUAAAAAACGUCUUAUUAGUUUUUAAUAGAAGCAUCAAUACCAGUAGAAAAGUUAUUGAUUGACAGAAAAAAAAAAUAAUCAUACACAUAAUAAAACCAAUAUAAAUAAAACUAUGUUUUUUUAAUUUAAGAUUCUUGCUGCCUUCAGAAUCUUAAAUUCUGUAUGAAUGUGUACUGGUUUUAUUAUAAUGCGUCUCACAUUUUUUCUAUCCGUAAAUAACUUUUCUACCAGAAAUCUUGAUUCAAUCAAAAAUUGAUCAGAACUUUUUUGGGUAGAAGUGGUGUAGAUUGCUAUCUAAUCAUUCUAAUCUAUACAUAAGGAAUUUUAUCUACUGUUGCAUUAAUAUUGGUGCCAUGUGUAUGAUAUCUAUUGUUAUAAAAAUAAAUAAUUUUGAAAUACCAAAUUAAGGAAAGAUACAAUACGAUCUGUCCCAUGAAGAUAUACCUUGAAUAUACCCCCUGAAUAUCUCUGAAGAUAAUAAAGAUAAUCAAAUUCUGCUUUUUUUACACUCAUACAUUUUUUUUUAAUGCCAUUUUGGUUUAAAUUAGUGCAUUGAGGUAAUUUUUUAAUUAUCCAAGUAGUUUUCAUAAUAUUUGAGAAAACUGAUAAGCAAUAAAAAAAAAAAAUACACAAUUUUACAGAUUUAUUUACUUUGAAGAGAAGCAUGUUUUCUGAAAAAAAAAAAAGUUUGUCUAUUUGGUAUUUAAGAAAACAUUUUUUUGGGUAAACUGAAAAAACAGAACAGCGGCAUCAACAGUUUCAUUAUUUUUCAUUUGAUUAAUUAUAAUCAUAAACCUACAUACAAUUUUUAAAGAAAAGUAACUUUUUGUAAAAGUGAUAAAAUGUUUAAAACAUUCUAUCAAACUUUGAUCUAUUUAUAAGCAUUUGAGAUUAUUGAGUUGUUUUAGUUUUUAUUUGGUAUUAUGUGAAUAAAAUUUAAUAACAGGUGCAAGGUUUACUUAAUUUCCAUAAAGCAAUGAUAAAUUACUGCUUACAAAAAAACAAUUCUGAACAGAAUUCAGUUGAUAUACUCUGUGCCAUGAGAGAAUGUGAUUGGGCGGCGACCAAUAUGGGUUCAUUCCACCCAUUCAUAACAUAUACAAAGAGCGGACGCCACAUGGUGGAGGAAAUUAGGCCUUGGGACGUCAGUUAAAUUAUUGCGAUGUGCAUGAUGCCCGCACUUUCUUGUGGCACGAAGCAUAGUGAUGUUUUGUCAACAAUAUAUAUGCCAUAUAAUAGUAAAAUAAUAAAAUAGGAUUUCUAUAUUUUCUUUAAUAAUAUUUAUUUAAUGUUGUACUGAUUUUUCAAGUUUUCAUACAUUUUUCCUAGUUUUUCCAUGUUUUAUCUAUCUCAGUUUUUCACAUUUGUCUGAAAAAUUGUUGGGAAAAUCAAAAAAUGGCAACUCUAAUGCAAUUUCCUUUAAAAAACAUUCCUAUCAUUAUAAGUUGAAAAAAAUUUCCGAUUGAAAAGUUGUGCAGAUUAAAAAAAAUGAAAAAUAAAUAUCUUUGUAAAACCGUAAGAUUCUUCAUUACACUCAGAAUCUAAAAUACUUAGUUUUAGUAUUUUAACUAAACUUCAAUUAGAAUCAUAUUUUAUCAGCAAUGAUUUGUUAUUAUGUAAUUAUAUAAAUUAAAUAACUAUAUAUUCUGCUUAACAACUUCCUACCUACAACACUGACACACUAAUCAUCAGUAUCAGCUCUUUUUUGGUUCGAUAUCCUGAAAAACUAGGAAACUGUUUAAAGACACUUUAAAAGAGAUCUAGUUUUUUCAAUUCAGGGAUCUACUCAGAAAUGUCAAUUAAAAAAAAAAUUAAUGAUAAAUUUCAAUUAAAAUUAUAAAAUACUAGGCUUACAAUUUUAAUUCUUCAAAUUUGUUAGAAGUAGUAUAAGGUGCAAAGUUUGCAUGUUAUAUGUUUAUAUUUAGUUCAAUUCAUAUGUUUAAAAAUAAAUAGUUAUGAUGUUAUUAUAAAAUUAACAUUUGAAUAUUUAUUCAACUAUUUCUAAAAUAAAAAAAAUAAUAAAAAUAACUUAUCAACUUCUGAACUUAAAUGAAUACAGGUCAUACAUAAACAAAAGCUAUUUUAUUAUAUUAUUAUUUAAAAAUCAAUCGCUAUUAAAAAUAACAUGAAAUGAAAAUUAUUAAAUUCAUCAAUUAUAACUUAUCACUGGAUGCAAAGAAAGAGCAAUACAAAACAUAAAUUACCCAACAAAGAAUCUUUUCCAUCAAUUUUGUUUGAAUUUUCUGAUAGCUAAGAUUAAGAAGAAAGGUUAUUAUAUUACACCAUUAAAUAUUAUUAAUUUGCUAUAAUUAUUGUUUAAAUUUAUAUGCUUAAAAUUAAACUAAGAUCAAUUUUAAAAAUAAUAAUCAAAUGUUAUUAUUUUAAAAUGUAAACUUUUGAUUACAUGAAAGAUUUUAUAAUAAAAAUGUAUGUAUUAAAAUAUUACCUCUAUUGACAUAAGUUGUGUAUUACUUUCAGUAUUAGCUAUGCUUUUAUAAACAUUUAUGCGAUCUUUUAACUCUUUUACUUGUUUUAUUAAAGAUUCUUUUUCAGCAGAAAUCUAAAAGUAAAAAAUUAUAGUUAAAGUAGAUACUUAAUUUAUAGUUACAAUAUUCAAAAUAAAAUUGCAUACCUUAAUCAUUUCAAUUACUAAGACAUCAUCAGUUUCUUUGCACCUUUCAUUUGCAUCUAAACUUCUAAUUUUUUUUAGUAUAUUAACUUCAUGCAUAAGGGAUGUAUAUUCAUUUAUUAAAUUUGAAACCUAAAAUAAGAUAAUACCAUUGAUGAAUAAUUAAUUUUCUAUAUUUUUAUAAUCUAUUUUAUGUUUAAUCAAUAUCUAUACAUUAUUUUUAAAUAACAAUACCUAAUAUAAAAGGAUGACCAAGGAAACCUCAUAAUAGAGACUAAGAAAACUGAAUUACAGUUCAUAGAAUUUUUUAAGAAAAUUUUAAAUAAUAUGUAAGACAUCACAUCCUAAAAAAAAAAAUAACCUAUCAUACACUAAAGACAUAGAUCACAGAACCAACAUUAUAUGAAGUGAAAGUUAUAAUUAGAACUCUAAAAAAUAAUAAAACCCCAGGAGAGGACAACAACAAUUCAGUUAAUAGAACUGGCAAGCAAAUAAUUAACAACUGAAGUACAUAAGCUAAUCUAUAAUGUAUGGACUAGUGAAAAAAUUUGAAUGAAUUGAAAUAUGGCAAUCAUCUGUCCGAAAACAGAAACCCGAAAAGUCAAAAUUAACAAUGAAAUCUUUCAUUUGGACACUAACUUCAAGGUUCUGUCUUUGAAAAUUCUCAGCAGACUAGAGAAACGUGCAACUGGUAUCAUUGGAGAAUACCAAAGUAGAUUUACAAGAGGGAUAUCAACUACAAACCAUGUAUAUACUACUUGUAAAAUUGUGGAAAAAUACUAUGAAUAUAAUGAGACAACUCAAAGAAAUGAGGAGAAACUUCUUAUCUUCAAGAGGAAGGUGCUGAGGAUAGUAUAUGGAUAUAUGAGAAACAAAACUUACGGAGGACUAUGAAAGGAGGAAAAAGGCCAACUUGCAGUCUUUUUUCAACAAACCAAAUAUUAAAUGUUUUCUGAAUGCCAAGCAACUAAAAUGGACAGAUCAUGUAUGGCAAGCUGAGGGAAAUUUAAUUUAAAACGUGCUGAUUAAUAAACCAACUAGCAUGCACCACAGAAGAAGACCUCGGCAACAAUAGUAAGACAGAGUAAAUGCAGAUAUAAGAAUGGUAGACAGAUAAGCAAAUAUCAAGACUACUAUGGACCACAACAAAUGGAGGGGCCUAAUAGAAGCUGCAAAAAGCUUUAAUGGCUCAAAAAGCAAAAAAAUUACUAAUACAAAUAAACGAUUUUUCCAAAGUAAUUAAAAUUAGCAGCUGAUUAAAUCAUUCAGUUUAAAUAAGUUUUUAAUAAUUAAUAGUAUUAUAUCAAAGUAUUUUUAAAAUUUGUUUUGAAUAAAAAUACCAAAAGUGUAUGUUAAAUUAAAGUUGUAUUCACAAAUUUUGUUGCAUUCGUUUGUUAAGGGGUGCCCAUCACUUAAUAAGGAGUAAAAAAUAGACUAUAUCAAAUCAUGAAGAGAUAGGGCCAUAAGUAAUAAAUAAAUGGCCUAUAGAUGUAAUCACACUUUGUACCAUAAUACAAAUUAAGAUAAAUUAUUUUCUUGUAAUUAAUAUUAUUAUUCUCUAUUUGGAAAAGUGUUUGACAAAAAUAGACUUAUUUUAACUAGCUAAAUGAUGCCAGGAAAAAAUAUAUAUAUAUAUAUAAAUAUACACAUACUUUUUAAAACUAAAUUAUAAUUUUUCUAAAAAAGUGCAUUGAUUGAUAUUCUUACUAAAUUUUAAAAUUCAUAAGUUUAGGUAUCAUAAUUUAGAUUAUUUUAAAUUAUAUUACAUUGAAUUCAUAACAUAGGUUUAUCUUACUUUUUCACAGACAUUAUCACCAUCAAUUGAUUCUAAAUUAUUUAAUUCACAUUCAAGUCUUGCUACCUGUUCAGCUAAAAUGGACAUUGUUUUUUCCAUAUCAUCAAUACGUUUAUCAGCUAUUACUCGUAUAUGAACCAUAUAAUUUUCCAUGUCCUAAAAAAAUUUAGAUUAUUAUUAUUAUUAUUAAAUUAAAGAACGAACCCAGUAUUUAAAAUAGUACAGUAUGAUAGCAUGCACAUGGAAACUAGACUUGACAAUUAAAGUGAGAAACAUGGGUCAGUAAUGGCAAUGCAGAUGAAAAGAAUAAUUGGUAAAUGAAGUGGGUAAUUUAAAAAAGAGAAGGGAAUAUGGAAUAGGAUCAAUGAACGAGUACAGCAUCUGGCAAAAUUAAAGGUGAGAAGGUGAAAUUAAAGGUAUUAAGAAUACAGUAGUUUGAGGCAAUUAACUUUUGAAGCGAGAAGACAUAUUUGCAGUGUUUACGACCAUAGACGCUUUCUAGGAAUAAAAACUGUUGGAAUGAAGUGUAGUCAGAAAGAAUAGGUAUAUGCAGUUUAUAUGCAGCAUGAUGAAGGAAUCAACUUUGGACCUUUCUAUCAUAUUUUAUGGAUGGGAGCAGUGGAAAGGUCCCAAAGCACAUAUAGAUUAUAAAAAUUAUAUGAGUUUUCCAUUUAAAAUAUAACAAUACUUGCUUCCAAUUCUUCAUUUUGUUUUAAACGGAGUUUUUCUACCAUUUUCCUAGCAUUUUGUAAAUUUAUAUCAGCAUCAACUAACCACCUCCAAACAUAAAUUAAUUUUUCUUCAGUCUUCAAACGUGUAUAGUCAAUUCCUUCUUUUUCAAAUCGCUUUUCAAUAUCUGACCAUUCGUCUUCACACUAUAAUUUAAAAAAAUAACUAUAAAUUAAAAACUAAAAUAAUCUUUGUUUAUUAACUUGUAGAUUUUUAUUUUCGUUAAUGUUUUUUUGACUGUAGGUCGGACAAACUUUACAUGGAAGUUACAGCAGGAGGAAACCUCUUUUGGAUUUUAAAAACAUAUAUUUUUUAAAAAAGUACUUAGGAUUUAAUAUUUUCAAAAAAUUGGAAACAAAUCUACUUUAAUACUCCCUGGAAAUUUCGAAUUUUAUUUUUUCAGAAAACCUAUAUUUUACAAUGUUUAAGUUUUUCACUGAAAUCAUUAGUUUUAUAGUUAUUGACCUUAUUAAGUUCACGAUUUUUAGUGUUUUACGUAUGAACAUAACGCAUAGUUUACCGUACUUAUAACAAAGUUUUUAAUUUUUGUUUUUGAAACAUAAGCAAAUCAACGUUAUAAAAAUGAUUGUGUAAAAAUAAUUUAUGGAAAUUAAGGUAUAGUUUAAAACGUCCUCAAAAUUUCGGUUUUUUUUUUGGAAUGCAGAAAAAUGCUUAUCUUUUUUUCGAACUUUCAAACCCACGUUGGGUAGAUAGCAAGUAAGUAUAAAAUCAUAAUAGGUGGAAUAAGAGGCCCAAUAUUGUCACUCGCUUACUGCGCUCACUCGGACAAUUUUAAUGGAAAAUAACCCUCGAUUUGUUGUGCAAAAACACGUCGAGUAGGUAACAGGUAACCUAUUGGGUAGUUUGACAAGUUUAGUCGCUCCCUAAAAAAAUGCGUAAAAUACCGAAAAUCGUGAACUUCGUAAGGCAAUAACUUUAAAACUAAUCAUUUCCACAGAAAACUUAAUUGAACUUUAAUUUUUAAACCAUUUAAAUGCAUAGGUUCUUUAAAAAAGUCCGAAAUUUCAACGGGGUGCUAAACUAGAUUUAUCUAUUAAAAGCGCAUUCUACACUAGACAUCAUAUAGAAGUCAGUUAAUAUCAAUUAUUAUUUAACACCAGGCAUUAGACAAAUUCUAUUCACAAGAUACUGUUGUUAUUUUUAUCAAAAUAAAUUUUGAUUUUUAAUAAUAGACGCUUAAAACGUAUACAAGAUUUAUGUCAAACAGUCUUUACAAUUAUUAUAUAUACGUUUUGGUUUUACUAAUGGAUUAAGCAAUAAAAUCAUACAUUUACAUCACACAACUUUGAAAAAAUAAAAUCAAUAAGUUUCUUAACUAGAAUUAUACCAAAAAUGUCUUACCAUGAUGUUUUUUCAAAAAAUCUAUAAAAACAGUUAUUCAAAUAUUAAUAAAAAUCAAAUUGAUAGGUUAAUAAUCUUGAACGUUUUAUUCCUAAACUAAAAAUAAAGUAAACAUUUAAAUUAAAAUGUUCUAAAACAAAACACAGUGUCAUAAAAUGUUUUAUUCCAUUUAUAAUCGAUCAAUAAAUAUUAUCUAUAUUCC